AUGGGGUUGAAGACGUCGGAAAAGAAGAAGCAGAGCGUGUUGCCGCGUGUGCUCACCAAAAAUCUGCUGCUCAUCCUCACCAUGAUCGGCAUUGUGAUUGGCGCAAUUGUUGGCGUCCUCCUUCGAUCGCUCGAACCAUCAAGCGAAGUCAUACGAUAUGUCGGAUUUCCCGGCGAAUUGUUCAUGAACAUGCUGAAAUGCAUGGUGUUGCCAUUGAUCGCAGCCAGUAUCAUUUCCGGAUUGGCGCAGCUUGAUGGAAAAACCUCGGGUCGUCUUGGAUCUCGCGCUGUCAUGUACUAUGUUCUCACCACUAGCCACGCGGUUUUGCUUGGCAUUGUCGUUGUGUCGAUUAUUCAUCCCGGAAAUCCUUCGAUUAAAGCCCAUAUUGAUCCAGAAACCGAGGAAAAGGCUGAUGUGUCCGCCAUUCAAAAAUUUAUGGACCUUUUUAGAAAUGCGUUCCCCGCCAAUAUCUUUCAAUCAACGUUCGCCCAAGUUCAAACCCAAAUGGUUAAUAAGACGCUACCAAGCGGAUUAGUCGCGAAAGUCCCAACAACCAUUUAUAUAAAUGGAAUGAAUGUUUUGGGAAUAAUAGUUUUCUGUAUAGUAAUGGGAUUGGUGAUUUCGAAGGUUGGCGAUGAAGCGAAACCACUGGCGAACCUGUUUGCAGCCCUUGACAUUGUUAUAACUAAAAUGGUCAUGAUUAUCAUGUGGCUUGGACCGAUCGGCAUCCCAUCUUUAAUCGCUCAGAAAAUGCUUGAAGUUCGUGAUAUUUGGGAUACAGCCGCAAUGCUCGGCUUGUUCAUUCUCACGGUUAUUAUUGGCUUGGCAAUUCAAUGCUUCGUCACUCUUCCGUUGAUAUUCUUCGUCGGAACCCGCAAGAAUCCCUAUGUGAUUCUCAAAGGCCUUGGUCAAGCAAUCCUUACCGCCCUGGGAACCGCCUCCAGUGCUGCCUCUCUUCCAGUAACCUUCCGAUGCCUAAACAAACUUGGAAUUGACCCAAGGGUCACCAAGUUCGUGCUCCCCGUUGGAUCAAUGGUGAACAUGGACGGAACUGCACUUUAUGAAGCUACUGCAUCGAUAUUUAUUGCACAAAUGAACGGUUUAGAGAUGUCAAUUGGCCAAAUUGUAACUGUGAGUGUCACUGCAACACUCGCCUCCAUUGGAGCCGCUUCAAUCCCAUCCGCUGGACUGGUCACAAUGCUCAUUGUGCUCACAGCUCUUGGCCUCCCAGCGUCGGACAUUUCUCUAAUCAUCGCUGUCGAUUGGUUCUUAGAUCGCCUCCGAACUAGUGUCAACGUCAUCGGCGACGCUUUAGGCUGCGGUUUUGUGCAUUACAUUUGUGCCGAGCAUUUGAACGCCGAUGUUGCCGAAGCUGAAGCGAAGAUUGGGCACAUUGAAGCACAUGGUGUCGAUUUUGACGAGCUUGAGAAAGAAUGUGCCGCUGAGAACAACAACGACGCUCCGAAACCCGCCGAAAUCGUGGUGUGA